GUGGGAAUCAGCUGUGCGCACACCGGUCCCGCAUGACUCACGGAGGAGAUCGGGAGCAUAAGAGGACGAGCGACAGGACUAGUGACGAGAGAGGACCGGGCCCGGACAUGUGUUAAGUUUGUAUUUAUGUUCUUGUGGCCGGCAGUCGCCGGUAAAUAAAUUAGUUUUAUACGAUCAUUCGCUAUUAGCCCUCAUUCUGUUAGCAUCACCAGCCUUUACGUACUGAAUAUUGCCCUUACUGCUUAACUCACUGUUCUCAUUAUUACAUCACUAAUGGCUAAUGUUUCAGACUUGUGUGUACCUCUGAGUGCAGAUGAGGAAACAUUCUUCGCACUUCAGUCGGAACUGGAGGUUGUAGAGAAGCAGAUCCAGGAUCUAUUAGAUAAGCAGACACGGCUGCGAGAACGUAAAACGGCGCUGGAAACAUCCCGGGCUGACGCUUGCAAAGCCGCGGUAAGUUUUCGACGUGAUUGUAAUACUGCUACCAUUUCUACUCUGCAUGUUUCUCUGCACAGAUCUCAGGUUUCGAGAACACGACGAGCUGAAAUGUACUUCACCCCUGCACUGGCACAUGCACGGCGAAAGGCGCAAGCUAGGACCGAAGCGAUGACCUCUCCCCCACCGGUCUUCGAGAUCCCUACCAGGAACCGCUUUGCCGCCCUCUGCGAGAUGGAAUGCAAUGCUGUGGUGAUCGGAGACUCAAUCGUCCGGAACGUGCGCGCUUCCUUCACUCAAGGUAAGGUGCGCACUCACUGUUUUCCUGGUGCUCUGGAUGUUCUGGAUGUCUCUGCGCAGGUAACCGCGAUCCUGAAGGAUAACGCUAAUGUCGGAGCUGUCGCGCUGCACGCGGGGAUGAACGAUGUCAGGAUCCUGCAGUCGGAGAUCCUGAAGAGGGACUUUAGGAGUCUGAUCGAUAUGGUACGCAACGCAUCGCCCACGGCAAGGAUCAUCAUAUCAGGACCGCUUCCUACCUACCGACGAGGAAAUUAAAAGCCGUCGGGGCGGAAAAGCCUAGGUCGCUCCCAGAACAUCGGAGCGGAACUUCUGUCUGACAACAUCACAAAGACGCUACGCACCAUUUGACUAGUUCUCAGCUAAGUAACUCUCAACCACUGACCUUGAAUUCUGUGGAGGGAGCAAAACCUGGAUCUGUCGCGGGUUCUGUAAGAUUGCCUGAUUCUCAAACCCUCCCUGAAGCAGGCCUGGUCACAUAUACUGUUGUAGGGGGCACGGACCGUGACGGCACUUUCGUAGUCGACCGCUUGACAGUUGAGUGAUACCUGUCACGUGAGCUUGACUUCGAAAAGGCUACGUGGUACACCCUUCAGGUCGAGGUGGACGACUUCUCCA